UAUAAUAUAAAAAAUCUUUUAUUGAUGAUUUUUGUAGAAUUGUAAAUAGUUUAUUAGGGAAGAAAUUUGUUCGUCCAGGUAGAGGUUAGGUUUGUAAUUCCUGAACGUAAAUUUUUUGUAUUCCAUGCAAUAUUUAAUUAAUGUGUUGGAUUUUUAACUAAUUUAUAUGAUUUAGUAAACGAUUUUCUUACAUAUUAAAUGCUCUUGAAAUUAUGAGUACCACAUUUUGUAUGAGAAGUCUCCGGUAAAGAGAAAAUAUUUAGGAAUUAAAUGCAUAACUGUCAGAUGUUUUUAAAAGUCAUUAAUAUUAAUGACGCCAAUAAUCUUUACUUUACAAGUAGUUAUAUAUUACAAAAUAUUUCAUUUGAAGAGAUGUAGAAUACCUUUUAUAAAGGAGUGCAUUAAGAUAACUAAUGUUCAAGUAAGCGAUUAAGCAAUACCAAAAACACUACCAUGGAAAGAAGAAUAAAACUGAAAACAUUAAAUAGUCAUAUAACAUGUAAAAUAUGUCGUGGAUAUCUUAUAGAUGCAACAACAGUUACAGAAUGUCUUCAUACUUUUUGUAAAAGUUGUUUGGUCAAGCAUCUUGAUGAAAAAAAUACUUGUCCACAAUGUCAAAUAGUCAUUCACCAAUCCCAUCCACUUCAAUAUAUAAGUUUUGAUAGGACUAUGCAAGAUAUAGUUUAUAAAUUAGUACCAGAUCUUCAAGAAGGUGAAAUAAAAAGAGAAAGAGAAUUUUAUAGAUCUAGAGGUUUGCCUUACCCAAAAGAUAUUUUACCAAAUACUGGUGAAGUUGAAGAAGAAAAAGCAGGUGCUGAUGCACAUGCAGAAUCAGAUUAUCACAGAACUGAUGAACAGGUGAAUGUAUGUUUGGAAUGUAUCAAUGCAAGUUUAAAAACAUUGAAAAGAGGAUUUAUAAGAUGCUCUGCGCAAGCUACUAUAACACAUUUGAAAAAAUUUAUAGCCAAAAAAGUUUUAAAUGGCAUGGAAAAGUAUCGUGAUAUUGAUAUUCUUUGUAAUAAUGAAUUAUUAGGAAAAGAUCAUACACUUAAAUUUGUAUAUGUUACGAGAUGGAGGUUUCGUGAUCCUCCACUCAGACUCCAAUAUCGACCACGAAUUGACAUUUAAUGUGAAAUUUGUAAUUAAAGAGUGAUUGAAAACAAAUUGAAAAAACUUUUAAAAAGUCUCAGAAAUAAAUUUGUAUGAUUUGUUUUGUGGCACUAACAACUGUAAUGCCUAUAGCAGCAGUGUAAAUGAAUGUGCACAAGUGUAUAAUGUGAUGUCACUGUUAAAAAAUUAUGGAAUUGUAGAUAAGGAAAAUAAUUUGACACACAUAUUUUUGCAUACCUGUGUACUAUAUACAUAAUUGUUUUC